GAGAGAGAGAGAGAGAGAGAGAGAUUUUCAACACAAUGGCGGAAAAUUGAAGGUAUGUCUGCGAAAAGCUUUGGUUCCUUAUCCGGGGACUACUUCGCCCCCUGCCAUUGGGCCAUUACAUCACGUGGUAAAAGUAACUUUACAGGGUUGCUCGCUAGUAGGAGGGCUUUAUGGAGCAGAAAAACGACAAAGCUAGAAAAAUUAUUUUCCACUCCAGAAAUUAAUGAUCAUGAGCUCGUAUUUGAUGGACUCUAACUACAUCGAUCCGAAAUUUCCUCCUUGCGAGGAAUAUUCGCAAAAUAACUACAUCCCCGAGCACAGUCCCGAAUAUUACAGCCGCACAAGGGACAGUGGCUACCAGCAUCACCACCAGGAGUUAUACCCUCCGCGGGCGAGCUACCAGGAGCGCCAGUUUAACUGCGCAAGCAUCCCCGAGCACGAUACUCAGAGAGGACAUGGACUACCUCACUCGGGGCACCUGCUUGGGAAAGGUCAACCUGCCUCAUGUGAGCCCCCACAGUUACCCCUAUCUCCAGCCACCCCACCGGCUGCGUCCUCUGCCUGCAAUCAAGCCACUCCGGAGCAUCCCAACAGCACAGUCUCCACCAAGCAGCCUGUAGUGUACCCUUGGAUGAAGAAAAUUCACGUCAGCACCGUGAACUCUAGUUACAAUGGAGGGGAACCCAAGCGGUCUAGAACUGCUUACACCCGCCAGCAAGUGUUAGAACUGGAGAAGGAAUUCCACUAUAAUCGCUACUUAACGCGGCGAAGACGUAUCGAGAUCGCUCAUUCCCUGGUUCUCUCCGAGAGGCAAAUCAAAAUUUGGUUUCAGAACCGUCGGAUGAAGUGGAAAAAAGACCAUAGGCUACCCAACACCAAAGUCAGAUCCUCUUCCUCUACGGGCAUAUCUUCCGGGUCCAACACAGGCUCAUCGGCUGGCGUUGUAGCGGCUGCCUCUACCAGUAACACCAUGUCAGCCAACGAGGACCUCUCCGGAUCCGAGCGAGGAGAGGAUAUUACAAGGUUAUAGAUGAACUAUUCCACGGAGAGAAGGGAAGAGCUCAAAAUGACUGAUUAUUUAUAGAACAUAAUAUAUAUUUUGUUUUCGUAGGUAUCUUGUGCGUCUGAAGGGUUUGCUUUAAGUCCACAGUUAUAUAAAAUGCAUGUUAUAUAGCAUGGAUUAUUGCGAAUACCUAGGCUACUACUUUUUCGCGAAACAGGGUUUAAUUUAUCUAAACUGAGGCAGGAUGUUUUUCCAGAAAAAAAAAUGUUUUGGUCGAAGCAGGUUAUGGACACUAUAUUCACAUGUUAUCGAGGGCCUCUCUAUGCCCUGUUGCCAAGGUGAAGUGCACAGUUGUUUUAUUUAUUUCACACACGAGACUGAAGGAAGUUCCUUUUAUACUGUAAAUUAAAAAUACUAUCGACAAAAUCGAUAGAAUGCUGAUCCUGAACGUCUUUGUUGAUCUGAAAACAACAUGCUGUGAGUAAACUGUCGUGUGAAAAGACUUAAAAUUUUAAAAUAUCAUUUAAUUUUGUUGUGAUGGCGUUGUGUUUAGGCUAUUAAAACCAGAUUAUUGUGAGAUGCAAUAAACGAGUUUAGUGUAUUUGUGAUAAUCAUAUUGGUCAAUAAAAGUAAGUGUCUCUUAGUUUUA